GACUAUUCCUCUCUCUCUAUCUCUCUUCCACUCCUUCUCUUAUCCUUUUGACAACUCUCAUCUUCUCCCUCUGUCACGCCGACAUUUUUGAGUGCCUGUGGGGAUUGCAGCGUAGAUCUGAGAUCAAAGAAGAGAGAGUACGAGAAAGCAGAGGCAGUGGCAAUGGCGGUACGAUCUCUGAGGUGUUCCAGUUUGCUGGUACUAGGGCUUUGGGUUCUCCUACCUGGAGCCAUGGGGUGGUCUGGAGGCGAAACCGUCUCUGUCUCGAGUGCCGCUGGGAAGGAAGUGGUGGUGGGCGCGGUGGACGAUCCGGAACUGGUCGCGUCUGAGGUACACAUGAUGAUCAAAAACAGCACCGCUCGCCGGGCCCUCGGGUACUUGUCCUGCUCGACAGGGAACCCCAUCGACGACUGCUGGCGGUGCGACGCCGAAUGGCACCGCAACCGCAAGCGCCUGGCAGACUGCGGCAUCGGCUUCGGCCGCAACGCCAUCGGCGGCCGAGAAGGCCGCUUCUACGUCGUGACGGACUCCGGUGACGACGACCCCGUGAACCCGCGCCCGGGCACCCUCCGGUACGCGGUCAUCCAGGAGGAGCCCCUCUGGAUCGUGUUCAAACGCAGCAUGGUCAUCACCCUCGAGCAGGAGCUCAUCAUGAACAGCUUCAAGACCAUCGACGGGCGCGGCGCCGAAGUCCACAUUGCCAACGGCGCCUGCAUCACCAUCCAGUUCGUCACCAACAUCAUCAUCCAUGGACUCCACAUCCACGACUGCAAGCCCACGGGGAACGCCAUGGUCCGCAGCUCCCCUUCCCACUACGGCUGGAGGACGAUAGCCGACGGGGACGGAGUGUCCAUCUUCGGAGCAAGUCAUAUCUGGGUCGACCACAACUCUCUCUCCAACUGCGCUGAUGGCCUUAUCGACGCCAUUAUAGGAUCCACUGCCAUCACCAUCUCCAAUAAUUACUUCACCAACCACAAUGAGGUGAUUCUUUUGGGCCACAGUGAUUCUUACGUUAGGGACAAGGCCAUGCAAGUCACCAUCGCCUACAACCACUUCGGCGAAGGUCUCAUUCAAAGAAUGCCUAGGUGCAGACAUGGCUACUUCCACGUGGUGAACAAUGACUACACCCACUGGGAGAUGUACGCCAUUGGCGGAAGCGCCGACCCGACCAUCAACAGUCAAGGAAACAGAUACCUCGCUCCUACCAACCCCUUUGCCAAGGAGGUAACCAAGAGAGUGGAUACGGAUUCGAGCGUGUGGAAGAGUUGGAAUUGGAGAUCAGACGACGACCUUCUGCUGAACGGCGCCUACUUCACCACCUCCGGAGGUGGAUCCUCCGGAAGUUACGCGAAGGCCUCCAGCCUCGGAGCCAAAUCCUCGUCCAUGGUUGGCUCCAUCACAUCUGAUGCAGGCGCCCUACGCUGCCGCAAGGGUUCCCAAUGCUGAUUCAGUUUGCUUAAAUGGUAAUAUUAAAGGGAAAACAAAUAACCCACAUUUGAUUUGAGAGCAAUCAAUCCUUUUACCCCUUCCCAACCUCCCCUGCUUCCACUGUAACUCAGUCCAUGGAGAAGGUGGAAGCGUUGCUAAUUCUUUUCUCCGCUGCAAGUUCUCUUUCACUAUGGUGUAUUCUAACAGUUGCGUUCAUUUGACCA